GUUAUUCUCUGAGGCUAUUUUAAAGUUAUAUAGGCUAAUUUUUAUGUUAAUUAUUGUUAUUCUUCCACAAAUAACGUGCAAGUUUAGAGCGUGUUUGACUUAUAAAAAUAAAAUGUUUUCUAAAAAUUCAAUUUACUUUCAAUUGAUGGCUUUUAUUUUUGCAGUUACUGUUCCUUCUAGAUUGGUCGCAGAUAUCACAGGUCAGUUUUCGGAUUAUGAUCGAUUGCAAGCGGAACAGAUGAAAUUGCAAGAAGAAAUUCAAGAAAAAUUAUAUAAACAACAACUGAUACAACAACAAAUACUUUUAUUACAGUAUCAAAAUAAAAUACCCCUAUCACAAUAUGAUUUUCAGUCAACGCCACAAAUUCAGCUUCAACCAGUUCAACCAGAUAUUCCAACACAACAACCGCCACAGCAAGUAGACGAAAGUAUAGCACAAUCAAAAAUAGGAAACGAUGUAUCUUUUAAGAAUAUAUCGAUAACAGAGGAUUGCUUAUCGUGUAUUUGCGAAGUUAUGUCAAAAUGUGACCACAACUUGACAUGUGAGGGAGAAGUAUGUGGCCCAUUCCAGAUUACAUGGGCAUAUUGGAUCGAUGCCGGAAAAAUAGUUCAAAAAGGGGAUAAUCCGAACGAUAGUCAAGCUUUUGGCAGAUGUGCAAAUGAUAUAACGUGUGCUAAAGAAAUAGUUAUAUCUUAUACAUUAAAAUUUGCUCAGGAUUGUAACAACGACGGCAUAAUUGAUUGCUGGGAUUAUGCAUUAAUUCACAUGUAUGGCGGUUACAACGGUUGUAAAAAUCCAUUUAGUCAAGACUUUAAAAAAAAAUAUGACACAUGUAUCGAACAACACAACAAAAACAAUUCUGCCAGUCUAUGUCAGUUUUCGGAAUAUGAUCGAUUGCAAGCGGAACAGAUAAAACUGCAAGUAGAAAUUCAAGAAAAAUUAUAUAAACAACAGCUGAUACAACAACAAAUACUUUUGUUACAGCAUCAAAAUAAGAUACCCCUAUCACAAAAUGAUUAUCAGCCAACGCCACAAAUUCAGUCUCAAUCAACUCAACCCCAAUUUUUCCAACCCUAUGUACAAGUUCAGCAACCAACACCACAAAUUCAACCACAAUCUAACCAACCCCAACAAUUUCCACCUCAAUUUGUAGCCCAAGAGAAUCAAGUACUUAAAGGUCAACAGGAUAAUCAGCAAAUUCAGGCUCAAGAGUUUCAACAAUCGCAACUAGUAGGACUUCAUCAUCACGGAAAUAACGGAACAUACAAGAUUGUACCAAUAACAGAAGUUUGCUUGGCAUGUAUCUGUGAAGUUAUGUCAAAAUGUGACCGCAACUUAAUGUGUGAGGGAGAAGUAUGCGGUGCGUUCCGGAUCACGUGGGCGUAUUGGGCUGACGCCGGCAAACCGGUUCAAUAUGGAGAUAAUCCGAACAAUGAACAAGCUUUUGUCAAAUGUGCAAAUGAUUUAGUGUGUGCCAAACAAUCAGUCUUAGCUUAUACUUCUAGAUUUUCUCAGGAUUGCAAUGGUGACGGCUUAAUUGAUUGUUGGGAUUAUGCUUUAAUCCACAGGUACGGUGGUUACAGUGGAUGCAAGAAUCCAUUUAGCCAAGAAUUUAAAAAUAAAUUUGACAUGUGUCAAAAGUCAAUUAGAGAAUUAUCAGGAUCUCAAACUACAAACUUACAACGAGACAACAAUCUAAACAAUCAGCAACAAAAUCCAGCAGCCUUAUAAAUCACUUCAUACUGUGAAUAAUACUUAUUUUAUUUAUUAACCAUCUCUAAUUAUUAUUUUUUAUGUUCUGUAAUGUAUAAAUUCUACAAUGGGGGUAAUAAUUAGUAAGCUAUAAUUAUUGUCAAUUACAUUUUUUUUUUGUAUAUUUUUGACUAUUGAUCUUGAUAAGAAAAAAUUAAAUUUUGCAUAUACUUGUGUA